AUGCCCGAUGCUCUCCUCUGGAUCAACAAAGACGGCGCCUCUGAUGUUCUCUCCCGCAGCUCAAAGGAUGAGACCCGCCAGAUCCGUAAGCAUGUCCAACAUGAACGACAAGUCAAGGCAAAGGCCGCUCAGGGUGCUGCUGCCGCACUCGCUGCCAGCAAGUCAACAAGUCCUCCAAAAUCCCGCAGAGUAAGUCGCAGUGUCAGUGAGAGGAGCACCACCCCAACCGACCAAUCCACAAACACCGUCGCUGUCAGGCGCAAAGCCUUGCGACUCGAUACCAAUCUCCCCAAUGACACCCGCUCGCCAUAUCCUCACACCAGCCAACUGUCGGCUUCCUCGUCUGCCAUGUCUCCUACAAGUCAGUCUCUCCGCAUCAAUCAGACCAUCAGCGCAUUGCCAGGUCUCGAUGCAGAUGAGCUUCGAAGUCUGGUAUUCUUCUGCCAGAGAACAGCCCCCGAGUGGUCCGGCUGGCGCGAUGCCCUGUUUUGGAACAAACUCAUCCUCCAGGCCUGCCAUCUGAACCAGUCCAUCCUCCAUGGCGUAGUCGCUCUUGGCGCUCUUCACGAGUCGUGUGAGGUCGACAAGGAAUCUGACGAACAGUCGAGUUUACAACAGCUCGCAUUGGUCCAGAGCACAAAGGCCACCAGGAUGGCCGUCGAGACCGCCGCCUCCGAAAUCACCGCUCUCAUCUCCUGCGUCAUAUUCAUCUGUAUGCAAAACCUCCAGGACAGUCGCACCGCAUAUCAACUUCUCAAGACAGGCCACGGCAUCAUCACCGACGUCGAUCGCCGUCUUGCCUCGGGAGAGCUCGUCAUCACAGAUAGCGAAAAUACCGUCCUCAAUGGGUGCUUGCGACCCAUCAUUGAGCGCCUGCGCAUGAGGUUUUGCUGCAUCGUCGACAUCCCCUCUGCCUUGGCCAUCAGCUCAGCCAUCCGAAAGGAAAGCCUCGAUUCGCCCUCGUCAAUACCUCACAUUCCCCAUAGCUUCAGUAGCCUCCUCGAAGCACGUAACGAGCUCGAGCACAUCAUCGACUGGGGACAGGAAAAUGUUGAUCCUUCAAACUCCCCAAGCCACGGUCUUUUUGAAUUGCACGGCAUGCUGACCUCCUGGCAAUCUGCCCUUGAAAGGACCCCUAUCCUGGAUGCCGAACGCUACGAUGCACUUGUCAGCUCCAAGAAGCUACUGAGAUCCGCUGCCUUGGCCGCCGCCAUUCUUUUCGACACCAUGGGAACUCAGGUCGAAUGUCACUACGACCGCCAUAUCGAUAAAUUUGCCGAGAUUGUUCAUCUGUACAAAGAGGCCAUUGGCGAUCACUCGCGAACUCCGCGACGAGUGUCGUUUGGCAUCGACUCGGGCGCCAUUGAUACAUUAGCCUUUGUCGCUGGACGAUGUCGCGACCCUGUCAUCCGCCGGGAAGCCAUCACCCUGCUCGCCCAGACCAACCGUUUGGAAGGAGAUCUGCAGGGAACCACUGGGAGUACCAUUAUCCAGGAACUCAUCCGUCUUGAGGAGCAAGGUCUUGAUGUCUCUUGCGCAGCAGACAUCCCUGAAUCUUCGCGACUUCGUAUCUGGGAAGAUCACCAGUACUGGGACAACGGUGAGAUCCACAUUUUCUUUAUCAAAAGCCCAUAUGAACUUUCUCAGUGUGCUGAGAUCAAGGAAGUCGUCAUCAAAUUGCCUGACACCGCCCUGCGCGUGCCAAAAGAAGGUGCCAAUCCAGGAAGUCCUUCACUACGCCUGCCCAAUGUCAAAUAUGGCCGAGGAAUUGGCGAGUUCCUCGAGGAGAGCACCCAGACCUAUUACCAGAUCACCCUUUCAUCAUUUUUCAUGCCCAUGCCGAGGCUAUGA